CGAUCCCUUUAAAAACCCGAACACCUCUUCUCUCUAUUUUCCUUUUUCCUAGUUUCCUUUCUCUCUUAACCAAAAGGCUAAACCAAUUUCAAAGAAAUCCCAGACCAGUUCUGCAUGCAUUUAACCCUCUUUUUAAGCUUUUAGAAAAGAUUCUUUUGCCCAUUUUUCUUAGUUUUAAGCUUCGUGAUUAUCGUAAAGGGGGGCAGUUUUUAAGUAACGAUUAAGUACAUGAUCAGUUUUAUUUUCUCAGCUUAUGAUUCGAGGUUAAAAAAGUUUGAGAUAGUUUUUUUUUGUUUGUUUCCUGAGAAAAAAAACAGUUUUGGUUUUUAGUGUUGGUUUUUUACAAGUAUUAAAUGGCACCAGCAACAGUGAGUAACUGGCUUUCCUUUUCACUAUCCCCGAUGGAGAUGUUGAGGUCUUCAUCUGAGCCUCAGUUCGUGUCAUAUGAAGGAUCCUCAGCUGCUACUGCUUCUGCUGCUUCUCCUCAUUACUUGAUCGAUAACUUCUAUGCCAAUGAAUGGACGAAUCCAAAACAUCAAACUCAACAACCAGCCAUGGCGGCCGAUGAGUCAUCCAUUCUCUCAAGCUUUCACCAUCAUCAAGUUCCGAAACUCGAAGAUUUCCUCGGAGAUUCCUCGUCAAUCGUUAGAUAUUCAGAUAAUAGCCAAACCGAAACCCAGGACUCGUCCUUAACUCAUUUAACUCAAAUCUACGAUCACCACCACGUCGGUGCUGCUGCUUACUUCAACGACCACCAAGAUCUCAAAGCCAUUACUGGGUUUCAAGCGUUUUCGACUAACUCGGGGUCUGAAGUUGAUGACUCAGCUUCAAUGGGACGAACUCAGUUAGCUGCUGUUGAGUUUCCUGGCCACUCAAAUUGUCCCACCGCCGGUUCCUUAUCCCUAGGUGUUAACCAAACCUCCGAAAUUAACACCACCACCACCAAUAAAGCCGUCGUUUCAGUUGACUCCGAUUGUUCAAAGAAAAUCGUUGAUACUUUUGGUCAGCGAACUUCAAUUUACAGGGGUGUCACCAGACACCGAUGGACGGGUAGAUACGAAGCUCAUCUAUGGGAUAACAGCUGUAGGAGAGAAGGUCAAGCUCGGAAAGGGCGUCAAGUGUACUUAGGUGGAUAUGAUAAAGAAGAAAAGGCAGCUCGGGCUUACGAUUUGGCUGCGCUGAAAUACUGGGGUCCUACUGCAACCACCAACUUUCCGAUUACAAACUAUUCGAAAGAGUUGGAGGAGAUGAAACAUGUGACAAAGCAAGAAUUUAUUGCUUCUUUAAGGAGGAAGAGCAGCGGAUUUUCAAGGGGAGCAUCAAUUUACAGAGGUGUCACAAGGCAUCAUCAACAAGGUCGAUGGCAAGCAAGGAUCGGUCGUGUUGCUGGAAACAAGGACCUUUACCUGGGGACUUUUGCUACCGAAGAGGAGGCAGCAGAGGCCUACGAUAUAGCGGCCAUCAAGUUUAGGGGCAUAAAUGCGGUGACCAACUUUGAGAUGAGCCGCUACGACGUCGAAGCAAUCGCCAAGAGUUCUCUCCCCAUCGGUGGAGCAGCUAAGCGGCUAAAGAUCUCACUCGAGUCGGAGCAAAAACCAGCAGUAGUAAACCACGAACAACAACCCCAGUGCAGCUCUAACAGCAACAUAAGUUUUGCCCCCAUGCAGCAGUCGAUAUCUACUAUCCCUUGUGGAAUCCCGUUUGAUGCAGCGGCAUUUUAUCAGCAUAAUCUCUACCACCACCUUCAGGCUUCCAAUAUCAGCAUCUCUGAUCUCCCCGGUUCUUCCUCAACGAUGACCACAACUCCAACGACCUUAAUGUCGCAACCAACAGCGGAUCAGUUUUUCUUAUGGCCUCACCAGUCUUACUGAAAUGACCCUUAAAUCAGGUUUUUAUUUAUUUAUUUAACAAGGAGUAGUUUUGCAAUUCAGCUAACAUUAGUAGCAAGAAGCAACCAUGUUUCCCAGCUGA